GGCAUUUUUGCGCGGCUACCUACAUGACGGAGUACUGGGUCUCUCAGGCCCGCCACUGGUGCGAGUACUGCAAGAUCUUCAUCAACGGCUCCAAGCCGUCCAUCGCCUUCCAUGAGAAUGGGCGCAAGCACAAGGAGAUCGUCGAGCUCUUCAUGAAGGACAUGCGCAAGCGCGGGCGCGAGCGGCGGCACGAGGAGCAGGAGGUGAGCCGCGAGCUGCAAAAGAUCGAGCGCGACGCGAUGCGCCAGUACAUGAAAGACGCGGGCCCUGGCCCUCGCUCCGGCGGCGGUGGUGCGGUCGCAGCGGUGGGCGGCGGGCCGGCGGACCGGGCUGCGCGGCUCGCCGAGUUGGAAGCGCGGCUCGCUUCGGCGAAGCAGCAGCAGCUGGGCGGUGCCGCGUUUGGCAGCGCGGCCGGCGGCGCGGCCGGCGGGAAAGCACUGCCUCCGCCCGACGGCUGGAGGGUCAAGGCCAACCCAGACGGCCGCUUCUACUACGUGCACGAGGAGACGGGCGCCACGCAGUGGGAGAACCCAGCCGCCGCCGCCGCAAGCUCUGGCGGCGGCGGCGGCGCUCCCGGCUGGCAGUGCGGCUACUCGCCCGAGGGCGUGCCGUACUACUACCACGCGGCGAGCCAGACGACGCAAUGGGAGGCGCGCCCGCCGCACGGGGAGGGUCGAGGCGUGGGGCUACCGCUUCGCGAGGGCUCGACCGAUGCGCAAGCGGCGGGGCUGGCCAACGAAGCGGCGGGGCAGGCCCACGCAGCAGCGGCGGCGGGCGCGGCGUCGGCGGCGGGCGCGGCGGCGGAGGAGGCCGAGUAUGACUUCUUCGGCGAAGGCGCGGCGCUGGGGCCUUCCCGCGCCGCCCGCUUGCCUGACACCGGUGCCGGUGCUAGUGCCGGCGGCGGCGGCGGCAGCAGCGGCGGCGGCGGCGGUGGCGGCGGCGGAGGUGGCGGCGUUGACAGUGGCGGCGGCGCAUCGAGCGGCGAGGCCAUGAGCGGCGGAGCGGCGGGCGGCAGUGCUCUCGUGCAGGCUCUGCUACAGGAGGCCGGCGCUGGCGCCGCUGAGGCGGAGGGCGAGGAGGCUGCAGAUCCGUCGACAGGGUUCGGCGGCUUCCGCGACGCGGCCUUUGGGAUCGGAAGCUACUCCGCAACCAGAUCUUUGAAUCUCUUCGGGCGCCAAGCUUCCGGGCGGUCUUGA